CAGCUCCUGGGAAAGUCAGGAGCUCGGUAGAAUUUAUUGCCUAGGAUCUUUCGCAAGGCCCGACCAUAUCCAAGAUCGAAGAGCUGUUAAUAUCAGAGCUGCGCCUGGAGGAGACCGACGGGCACGUCAAAUUGUCCUGGCCAAGUAAUGGCCUGUAAUGAGCUCACGACGAUAGACCUUGAGGAUCGACAUGUCUUGCACGAUGGUCGGCGUAUUAUUCAGGUCAAUCCGACCUGCGCGGUCGCACACAGCACUGCGCCCUCCCCUUUCAAAGCUCGCUACUUCGGCUUCCUCCCCAAGAUCAAACGUCCGAAUCACUACACCAUGGCCACUCUCGCGGCUAUUAUGGGCAACGUCUUGGAGUUUUAUGACUUCAGUAUUUACGCGUACUUCGCCCCCGAAAUCGGGAAGCUCUUCUUUCCCAAAGGCUCCCCCACCAUCCAGGUCGUCAAGACCUUCACCGUCUUCGCCGGCGGCUUCUUGAUGCGGCCCUUGGGCUCGGUGGUGCUGGGGGCAGUGGGGGAUAAGUACGGGACGGCCGCUGCCCUAAAGUGGUCGAUCGCCUUGAUGACCAUCCCCACGGUGGUCACGGGCCUGCUCCCCACCUACCACAAGGUCGGCCUGGCCGCGCCCCUCCUCCUCACGCUCUGCCGGCUCGUGCAAGGCCUCUCGGUGGGGGGUGAGCUGAUCGGCGCCCUCCUGCACACGGCCGACCACUCCCCCCCGGGGCGCCGCGGGCUCUACUGCGGCAUCGUGGGCGUCUUUGGGAGCGUGGGCAACCUGAUCGGGGCCGUCGUCUCCGUCUCCAUGCGGAAGGCUCUGACUGAGCGGGAGCUGCUCUCCUGGGGCUGGCGCAUCCCCUUCCUGACGGGCUCGGUCCUGGGUUUCGUGGGCGUCCUCCUGCGGACCCAGACGGACGGCCUGCGCAGCAAGGAGGAGCACAAGGCCAAAAAGCGGGUCAAGAAGGAGCAGAAGGAGGCCGCCAGGACGGCCAAAGCGGCGGCCCGCGCCGCUCGCCCGGAGGUUCCCUACACCCCCACGGCCUCGCACAGGCCCCCCAGCCCGCCCUCCGCCUCUCGCCUCGCCCCCCUCGAUCAAGAAGAGUCGGUCGAUGUCUCCUCCCCGCUGUCCCCCACCCCUUCCACCGCCUCCUCCUCGGGGGAGGGCUGCGAUAUCUUCGACGUGGACCUGGUCGAGGCCGCCAUCCACAAGGAGCAGGAGGACGCGGCGGAGGAGGACGAGGAGGAGGAGGACGACGAAGAAGAAGGAGAGGAUGAGGAGGAGGAUGAGGAGGAGGACGACGACGAGGAGAAGGGAAAUGGGGGCUUGGAGGACAGGGAAGACACGGCGGCAAACGGGCAGGUCCCACCCUCCUCGGUCGCCAUGCCGAUGCUCCCCGUGGCGCGGCCCCUCCAGGCGACCGCCCCCCCCUCCGUGAAAGCCGACGCCGAUCCCGCGCACGGGGCUGCCCCUCUGGUGAAAAAGAGGAGCCGUACCAAGAAGAUCCUGAAGAAGCUGAAGCUGAAGAAGAAGAAGAAGAACAAGGACGGGAAGGGCAAGCGGAAGUCUUUCCUGCAGAUCCUUCGGGACGCGGCGGGCACCGACAAGGCCCGAUUUCUCCACGUGGUCCUCCUGGCAACCCUCCAGUCCUCCCAGUUCUACCUGCACUUCGUGUGGGUGGGCACCUAUCUGGCCGUGCUCGCCCGCAAGCCCAUCACGUCCGUGGCAGCCUUCUCGGUCAUCACGGUCAUGCAGGUGCUCCUCAUCCUAACCGGGCCCUUCUGGGGCCUGAUGGGCGACAAGUACGGGGGAGCGAAGGGUCGCGUCAAGUGGCUGAUCGCGGGGAUCGUGUGCGAUAUCAUCAUGGUGCCCACCGCCUUCAGUCUCCUGGAGCGGGGCGGGGAGUCCUGGGCCUUCGCCUACGCCGUCAUGGUCGGCCUGACCAUGGGCCUGAGCCUGGGAGGGAACUACCACGCCUGGGUGACGGAGACUCUGCAGGACUCGCCCGCGCGCGUCCUCAGCACCUCCGUCGCCUACAAUUUGGGGGCCAUGACCGGGGGCUGCGCGCCCAUGCUCUACUCUGCCCUCUCUGCCUAUCGCUUCCCGCAGAUAGCCCCCGUCCUCCCUCCCAUCGUCUAUGGCGGGCUGGUCCUGGCCAUAUUCAUCUACAGCCGAGCCAGCCCGCGGGGUAUUUUCCACGUGAGCAAGUGGGAGGAGAAGAGGGAGCAGGGGGACUUGGAGGUCAUGGGGGGGGGGGAGGAAUUGAAGGAGGGCGUGGAAGUGGAGAUGGCCGGAGAGGUGGCGCACGGUUGAGAAGAAGUAAAGGGAGGGAAAUUGUGGGAAAUUGUGUGAGGUAGAGAGCUUGGGUGCGGUACUAAAAGAUGGCGUGGAAGUAGGAAGGUCAAGGGGAAGGUGGAAAAGCAGGAGGAGAUGGUAGGAGCGAAAGCUACUGGGUCGUGGGGGAGGUAAGAUAGACGACGGCGCGUGAUAGAUGACUUGUAUUUACAUUUGGCGGAGCGUGAGUAAUGCAUGAAAAUUUUAAACGAUCUGGGACGGGCAUGGGGAAGACCUCAAAGGAGGCGCGCCAGUGCAUCUGUCAGGAAGAGAGGCUUGUGGGAGGGAGGGGAUGGUCCCGGAUGGAAGAGGGUGAAUGACGAUAGACGAAAGGGAUGCAAAUGUUCAUAUCUCCCGCCAUUCGACGCUCAAGGCUUGCCGAUGUAAGCCGUUUUUACAAAAGAGCCUGGGCGCGGCCGGAGAGGAAAUCGUGGGGGGACGACAGAAGCAAAUAAGAAUUGUGAUCA